GCAAAAGAGGUACGUUAAGGGUGUAUGUUUUAUGUAGCCAGUGCAGUUGAUUUCGUAGUUUUGCUUAGUUAUAAGUUGAUGCAAAUUUUUGGACAGACAUUGAGCUAUUAUUUUUGGAAUAUGGACGAUUAAUAUAACAUCAUAUUAAGGUGGGUUAAUUUAACAAUUUGUAAUAUAUAUUCACAUUCUUUAAUUGCUCAGAUUUGCUUCUUGAUUUUAAGGUAAUAACAAUAAUUAUCUAGCUGUUGUACUUGUAUAUUAUUCCUAUAUAGCUAUGAAUAAACUUCACAUGCAUAGAGCUGUUGAUUUUCUUCAUAACAUUAGGGAUAUGUUUUAUGCUAAGUUAAUUCUUGUCCUUAUAUUCGUUUGUGUUUGCUGUUGGAAUUAUCAAAAAAUAUUACGAUGAAAAUAUAUAAAAUUAUAGAAAAUCGAUACUAUAUGUUGAUGAGGCGUGGCUUUUACAUACGCGCAACUUCUAUAUAUGAUCUGCACGCUUAUUACAUACAGACAACGACAUCUCGCAUAGAAUUCUGGUAUUUACAAUUUGAGACUUUACAUUUUGCAGUUGGAAAAGGUGUGGUACAUUGACAAAAAUGCCUUUAGUCUGGGAAAAAAUGAGUCCUGGCCAAUUCCAUCAAUUACAAGAAUAUGUUUCAUCUUUUUUAACUGGUCACGUUCUAUUGAUAGACUCCGGAAAGAGCAUAAAAGAAGUUUUGCAGGAGUUUCAGAACAAUGAUGAAACAUUCAAUCCUGAGGAACCAAUUACAUACACCUGUUUUAAAAAGUUUAUGGAGUCGUACGUGGGAGAAAUGGAAGAGGAACUCGUUCAAGCUCUCUUUCUUUCCUUUCUCAAACAACCGAGAGCUCCACCUACGACACCUACUAGUUUGAAAGGUAAGAUAGUGAAAGAAGUCUCAGCCACCGGUGCAGACUUACCGCAAAUUAAAUCGACGCUGGCUGAUAAAGUUGCCGACAAGUUACAUGGCUUGACAGAGAAGAUACAUGUCCUUGGACAUUCCAGACACGAUUCAGGCAGCAAUAGCAUUGACCUUGGUCGUAGAUCGCGAACAGGAUCUACUGGGUCUGCAGUUCAUCAUGGGGUACAAGUUAAAUCUCCGACAGCUCCAUCGGAUCUUGAUAAACUCGCUCAUUCUCCAGAGACUCCCGAAACAUCCAAUCAUUCCAGAAGUUCAUCAAAGAAAUCGAGCAACAGUGCGAACAGUGUACAUCAUGGAGUCCUUCCUGAUUCCAACAAAGCUAUCAUGUUAGUAAGGAAAGAUAGUCAAGACUUGAAGACUGGAAAAGUUCUUGUCAAGGAAGUUGUUUGCUAUUUAUCACUCUUAGAAGCUGGCAGACCAGAAGAUAAACUUGAAUUUAUGUUCCUCCUAUAUGAUACUGAUGGAAAUGGCAUACUGGACGCGAAAGAAUUAGAUAUGAUAAUUAGUCAAAUGAUGACUGUGGCCGAGUACCUUGGAUGGGAUGUCUCUGAGCUAAGACCAAUUCUUAAAGACAUGAUGCAAGAAAUCGAUUACGAUGCUGAUGGGACUGUUUCUCUUGCAGAAUGGAAAAAAGGCGGAUUAACCACGAUUCCUCUGCUUGUUCUCUUAGGACUUGACGCCAAUGUUAAAGAUGAUGGGACUCACUCUUGGAGACUAAAGCAUUUUAACAAACCAGCAUAUUGCAAUUUAUGUCUCAAUCUUCUUGUUGGCUUGGGAAAGCAAGGAUUAUCCUGCAUAUUUUGUAAAUACACAGUUCACGAAAGAUGCGUUCAAAGAGCGCCAGCAUCUUGCAUUACGACUUAUGUUAAAUCAAAAAAAACCUCUGGGCGUAUGAAACAUCACUGGGUUGAAGGAAAUUGUGCAGGAAAAUGUGAUAGAUGUCGUAAAUCUAUUAAAUCUUACAAUGGAGUAACUGGGAGACAUUGUAGAUGGUGCCAGAUUACGCUACACAAUAAAUGCGCUUCACUAGAAACGCCUGAGUGUUAUUUAGGCUCAUUGCAUGAGCAUAUUCUUCCUCCCACAGCGAUUCGACCAGCCGUCUUAGACAGAAAAAUUAGGGAUACGCUGCCUAGAGACGAAUGCAGCUCUGAGAAUUUACCACUAGAUGGAGUUAUUAGUCCAUUACAGGGAGGUAGUUCAUUCCAGAUAACAAUAUCCGAAAAUGCAACUCCUUUAUGUGUUUUUGUUAAUCCAAAGAGUGGAGGGAAACAAGGUUCAAGAAUUUUAAGAAAAUUUCAAUAUUUAUUAAACCCAAGACAAGUAUAUAACUUACUGAAAGGAGGUCCUAAAGAAGGAUUGUCAUUUUUCCAAGACGUCACUAACUGUCGAUUGUUGGCUUGUGGAGGUGAUGGUACAGUGGGGUGGCUAUUAGAUGCCUUAGAUAAAAUGAAUUUUGAAAAGAGACCUCCGGUUGCAGUGUUACCUCUAGGGACGGGUAAUGAUCUUGCAAGAUGCUUAAGGUGGGGUGGGGGAUAUGAAGGAGAAAACCUCACAAAAAUACUUUUGAAGCUAAACCAAGCGACCACUGUAAUGAUGGAUAGAUGGCACAUCGAAUUUUCUGAGGGACAAGACGAAAGCACAGAUGAAAAAGGCGAUGAAAUUCCAUACAAUAUUAUAAAUAAUUAUUUUACUAUAGGAGUUGAUGCUUCAAUAGCUCAUCGAUUUCAUGUCAUGAGGGAAAAACAUCCAGAGAAAUUUAAUAGUCGCGUUAAAAAUAAGUUAUGGUAUUUUGAAUUUGGUACUAGUGAAACUUUCACAGCGACAUGUAAGAAUUUACAUGAGAAAAUCGAUAUUAUGUGUGAUGGAUGCUCCCUUGAUCUUGCAAAUGGUCCUUCUUUGGAAGGUGUUGCAAUUCUAAAUAUUCCAUCGAUAUAUGGAGGAACGAAUCUAUGGGGCGAUUUACCUUCAGCAAAGAAGCGUAAAAAAGCUGCAAAAGCAGCAAAGAAGGAUAAGGACAAAGAAUAUUCCUCAUCAUCGAUGUCGUCUAUGGACUUGUCAUUUGCAAUUCAAGACAUAGGCGAUGGAAUGCUAGAAGUAGUUGGCGUUGAAAGUGCAAUGCAUGCUGGACAAGUAAAAGCUGGAUUUCGCUCUUCUGGAAGACGGUUAGCACAAUGUGCUAACGUAGUUAUUAGAACGAGAGAAAGAUUUCCAAUGCAGAUUGACGGCGAACCUUGGCUUCAACCACCUUGUACAGUAAGUAUUAAAGUAAGCAUCGUUGAACAAUGGUAA